AUGGGAAUCAUAAGUUCAAAAAAUUACUUCUGCAUGGGAUGUGCUGGACAAAACUAUUCGAGCUUUUCUGAAAACUCGAGCUUCAGCCAGUUUCCUUUAUCUACAUCCAUGACAUUAUUUGCGCCUUCAGUCGCAUCGGAAAGUCAUUUUGAUUUAAAUGAAGAGUUAGAAAGCAGAGAAAGCGUAUAUGACUUCGAUUUACCAGAAUUACCAUUACCAGAACCUACAGAAGAAUGCAUCCCUGAUGUUUUGGAAAAAGAAAUCAAGCUAUGAGACGAAGAAAAUAAGCUUAUAAACGAUUCUACUGAUGAGACAAGCUUGUAUAAAAAUGAAACUCACCAGAUUUUUUUUAAAGGGAUAUCUGAAUUGUCAGAUUUAGAGACAAAUAGUGCAACGUGAAAAUUUAAUGAAGGGGAAUUGAAAAUGCCUUAUACAAGAGGAUUUUCAGAUAUUUCUGUGGAAGAGUUACUGGAAAGAGCUGAAAGUAGAUUAACAGCUUCUUCAAAUACAUCGAUAAAUUCUGUUAGCAAAACCCCAAGAAAAGGCUCAUUGGUUGACUAUAGAAAUGAGGGUGGAAAAAAUAUAGUUGAAGUCAUUAGGUCUCAAGGGGGAAAUAAAAAAAAUGAAAUAAACGCAUUGAGGAUUAAAAAUGACAAGAUAAAUCUUUCUCUCACAAAUAGGCAAGAUAAUAAUAAGAGAAAAAACGAAGGAAAUAAUUUGAUAAGGAGUCAGAGUAUAAGAAUGACACAAAAAAGAAAGCUUUAA